GGCAGCUCAGCUUUUCAGACCUCGUUUUACAGCUGUUGUAUGAUAAAUUUCACUGGUUUUAAUUCUGCGAAACGUUGCAUAGGAUAAUAUUUGUUGUCAGUGCAUUGCGCGUAGCGUUUUGGCUUGCUCUCGCUUCCUGUGUGUUCCCGUUCUCCGCUUGCAGGUGGCACUGUGACGGGCAGUGCUCCGGUAAUUCGGCACCACAGAGGAAAAGCGGGGUUUUUUUUUUCUUUUCUUUUCUUUUUUUUUUUUUUUUUUGUCCUGGAGGAAAACAUCACUCAGACAGACAGCUGUUGUCUGAGUGGCUGCAGAUUGAGCUCGUGGAUGAAGAGAUCUGCCAGCGGACCGAAGAAUUCGAGCAGGUCACCAUGGAAACCUAAUGUUAGCAACGUUAAAGCUGGACGGCUGUUUAAAGUCUUCCCUGCCAUUAAACAGCGCUGAAAGACGGAAACACGAAGAGUUUGCCGUGAUGGAGUUUCCUCAGCAUUCCCAGCAGCUGCUGUCCGCCCUGCGGUCUCAGCGCCAGCGGGGCUUCCUCUGUGACUGCACCGUCCUGGUGGGCUCAUCCCGUUUCCUGGCUCACCGGGCUGUUUUGGCCUCCUGCUCGCCAUUCUUCCAUAUGUUCUACUCAGACUCUCCAGGAGGAAACAGCACCAGCAGCUCUGUCACGCUCGACAGUGACAUUGUCACAUCAGCUGCAUUUGGCUUGCUCUUGGACUUUGUCUAUGAAGGAGUGCUGCAGCUUGAAGAGUCACCUCCAGUGGAGGACGUAUUGGCAGCUGCAAGCUUUCUACACAUGAAUGAGGUAGUAAGAGUUUGCAAGAGGCGGCUGCAGAGACGAGGGCCUCUGGCUGAGGCAGACAGCACACGCUCUGAAGAGAGUGCUGGUUCGAGGAAGGAAAUAGAGACACGGAGGAAGGAUGGGGGUGACCGUGGAGCAGAGCCCAUGGUGGCCAUGGCAUCAGAUCACUCAAAUCCAGUCACCAUAGCUGCACCACUGUUAUCAGCAUCCAUGGUGGCAGAGAGGAGCCAUGUAGAGACUGUGAAGUCUGAACAAAGGACUGGUGGGCAGUCAUCAGAGGCACGAGUUCAGACUCCUUUGAGCCCCGAUCUCGCCGAUACCACCCAGCCAGGCAUGGAUGGCCCUCCUCUGCCCCCAGGUGGAGAGCUGGUGCAAGGCUUCAUCACAGGCCAGUCUGCCCCUGCUCCUGGAGGUCACAUCAGGAUGGGGGCUGUGCAUCAGGGAGAAGGCACAGCACUCUGUAGUCCUUGUAGCACCACUGAGACAUGCAGCAGUAACCAGCAGCCUUCCUCCUCAUCUUCUUCUCUGGUCCCAGUGAGCCAGGCUGCUGGUCGCUCACUGGUUGCUCUUCCCCAGUCAGAAUCCAGUGCACAUCCUGAUGAACCGCAACUCCCACGCAAUGGCUCUUUAGGGGAACCCUCAGUCACUGAUGACAGAAGUACAUUAGGCAAAGGACAGCAGAUGGUUAUGUUGAUCCAAGCAUCAGCUCUGACCUCACAUUUACAAUUAAGCGCACCAAAGACGCUGUCCCGGCGUGCGCCUCCACAGAUCCGAAUUCAGAGUGCCAUAUCGCUUCAAACCCAGAGCUCAGAAUCCCUCGCUGCUGCUCCUCCUCCUCAGAGACAAAUGCUUAAAGGACCUGAGGGGGGCACUGGAGCUUCAUCUAAUACUAAAAAUCACCCUCUAAUGGGAACAGAUAGGAGAGGCAAUGAUGGAGAGAAUGUGAAAGUCAAAGUGGAGGCCAUUGUUAUAUCAGAUGAAGAGCUAGAGGAUGAGAAAGAGGAAAGCAAAGAGGGAGAACCCGUGAUGGAAGUUGAUGAUGACUUUGAAGAUGACAUCCAGGAAGAAGAUCUGAACAGCCCUCAGUUUCUCUCUUCUCACCCACAGGGCUUCUUACAAUUGACCUCCCAAACAAAUGAUUACUCCUUCCCCCUCUCUCCCUCCUCCUCCUCCUCUGGGGCUGGACCUUCCUCCCAGGAUGCUUCCUCUUUCACUGCAUCCCUCAUUCCUCCAUCCACAUCUCAGCAGCACUCCGACCCUGUUGCAUAUUUCCAGGAGCUCCAGGACUCUGUAGGAAACUUCGUAGAGGACGUACCAACGUGUGGUGUCUGUGGAAAAACUUUCUCGUGCACCUACACCCUGAGACGCCACGCCAUUGUGCACACACGGGAGCGGCCGUAUGAGUGUCGCUACUGCUACCGAAGCUACACACAAUCGGGCGAUCUGUACCGACACAUUCGCAAAGCGCAUGACCACACACUGCCAGCCAAACGCAGCAAAGUAGACACAGAGUCCUCUCUGCCAGCGCAGCCACCACCACCACCUCCACCUCUUAGCUAACACAGACACCUUUCAAUUCCACAACAAAAUGUACAGUAUGUACAUUUUCUCAAAGACUCCAUACUGUUCAGUAUGUAAUCUGGACCAACCACCUUUCCUCUCUUUAUUCUCUUCAUAGCUGCCUUCACUUCCUCCUUACUAAUCCUCUGCAUUUCCUGAUUCACUAUCUUUUGUCUGUCCUCUUCUCUGAUUUUUUAAUUCAUCAGCUCCUUAAAGUACUCCUUCCAUCUGCUCACCACACAUUUCAUUCAUCAGUAUGUUUCCAUCUCUCUUUGUCCUUAAUCACUCUAAAGCUGAGUUUAUGAUCCAACAGAGAGAGCAUGUUUGCUGUCCGCUGGCAGUUUUGGGGUUGCCCGUAUACCUGCAGAGAGCUCCGUUGUCAUAUGGAAGCAGUGUACAAAGUAUGUGGUGCAACCGGUCUGUGAGCCACUUUUGCUUGUGCUGUUGUUGAUCCAUCAGCAUACAUACAGCAUAUAUGACAUACAAAAGAGCUGAAGUGAAGCAGAGUGUUAAAACAGUAAAAAGUUGUCAACUGCAGCCACUGCCUGUUCUGUAUUUUUCACCCCGAAUGGAAAGAUGUACGCUGACAAACACAUUUUUGGGACCAUAAAUUACGCUUAGCCUGCUGCACAUAUUUCGUUACAUACGUUCGUGAAAAUUGAAACCACCAUUUUUUAAACCCAGCAGCAGGGGAAAUGGCUACAAAAAUAACUCUGUGGUCCCCAAGUCUGACGAAAGGCCACAGACCGAGCAGCAGGUAUAUUCUUGCCUCAACGUCCACCUUUUUUUGUAGUGUUCAUGUCGCAUAUUAAUAAAGUUGCAGGGUUUUCUGACGCAUUGCUGUGAUGACAACCACGCAGGUUAGGUAGUACUGAUUUGUAAUGGAGAACCAGUCGAUCUGAGUUGACUCCCGUGGCAAAUCAAUCCGAGUAGGUACUAAUGGAAAAGGGGGAUCUAGAAGAGGGAGGAAAAAUCGAUCAGUAACAUUUGCAAUGUGGCGUUAUAUUUCUGGAGUAAAUAUAACGCAACAUUGCAAAUGUUACACACAAAAAAUAAAAAUCGUGGCUGGUUAAAUGUUUGAGUGGCUGAGAGAAAAUUUCCCACCCCUGCCACUGACUGACUUUUAUAUCUCUCACUUUAAAAACGCUCCACAGAUACCCCAACUUUCCUUUCUGGAAAUUUGAUCCCAAUCUUACCCACACAUAUUGGUACUUCUUUUAUUCACAAAUCUAAUCUGUUUAAUGUUCACUGUUGUCUACUGGAGCCCUGGAACAGAUUUGAUAGCUGUACUAUUGUGUACUCUUUGUAAUAUUAAGUGACACCUCGCACCCAAGUUUGUAAUUUUAAAUACCUUCAUCAUUGUUGCAUCAAAGACGUAUGUUUGUUAAAAUUAUCAGAGAUGAAAAAGAUGUCUAAAAAUAUUAGUCAUGUGACAUACUAUACCACUUAUGCUUUAUUAACUCAAAACAAACACAAAGGUUUUAUUUUUUUGUUAAAUUUGUAUGACUGCUCUUUCAGUGCCAGAAAGUUGAUUUUUGUGCCAUUUUAAACCCCCAAAUGUGAGCUCGAACUGUUUUGAAGUCACUUUGUCAAUACCUGCCUUGUUUCUUUCUCGUUUUCAUUUCCUUCCUCUUUAUCUCCAAUGCAGUAAGUGUCAAAUGAGGAACAUAAAGUAACUGAUCCAGAAAUACUGAAGUUGCAUCUGAAAAUAAUGGAAAUGGAUAAAGGUGUUAAAUUAACUUUUUUAUUUCCAGUGACCUGCACAGGAUUGGAUUUUACAUUGUAGUUUACUGCAAGUUAUGCUCCCAGCUCUGUGCAUGUCCGGUCGUAACGUCUGUGUCUUAUCACCACACAUUUCAGACUUUGUUUGACAUUGUUCAUUAGAUACAAUCAAAUGUUGUCAAGGAGACAAAACCCUGAACGCUCCUGGCCAACAUUUCUUGAUUAGCUAACAGGUUGAUUAAUCUCAUACCAGUUUUACUUCUGUAAUUUGACAGAACAGCAUAUCGUCUCAAGUGCUUGAAAAGAAGGCAGCUGGACUUCUUUAUGUUCUUCUUGCCUCUCAUCCAAGCGGCUUCAUCAGCUGUCUGAGAGUCUUAGUGGGGACUGUAUCCUUGGAGGUGGACCUGAGGGUCAUUUACGCAUUUGCAAUGAAUAGUUUUCAAGCACUUGAAACUACCAUGACUGAGAACCACCACAGUAUCGACACACUUGAACACAUGCAGUUUUCUGCCUUCUGUUUAAACUUUAAGUUAAUGUUAAACACUCUUUCAUUCUGCACCACCUUAAGUGUAUUUGUAUGACAGCUGCUGUGUGUCGUUAUUACCAUACCGUUAUCAUAUCAUAAUUGCAGUUAAUACAUAUUAGAGGGUUUUAUAGUAGCCAGUCUACAGAAUCUAAAUGUGCCCUUGUGAAUAAACAGUGUUGAGUAGAACGUGCCACAUGAACAUGGUAGUUUUUUCAGUGAAUAAAACAUUGCACACUUUG